UGUUUUAAUCAUUGCAUUAUUCAAGAUGCAGUGGAUUCUGACAAUACUGCCGUUACUCUAGUUGGACUUGCACAACCUGAUGAAGAUGAUUAUGGAUAUGUUUCACAAGAAGCAUCUGCUUUUUAUAAUAAAAUGAUGGAAAAGUAUAGUAAGAUGCCAGACAAGACACCAAAGUUCUUGUUAGAAAAAAAGAAAGUUAAUACCAAUCUGAGCUCAACUAAAGAUAGAGUUAAAGCUGCUUUAGAAAAAGAGAAAGAAGAAGCAAUGAUGCCUCAUAGGAGGAAACGCAAACAUAAGAAUCCAGAAGACAUCUCAUCUCCAGAUGACAACUUCCCGUCUACCCCAUCGAGAAUGGCUGAUGAGAGACCUGAUGCUAAGAAACCAAAGAUUGAUAAACCUAAAAUGCCUCCACCGAUGAAUUUCAAUGACAUUCCUGAACCAUAUUGGAAACUUUUUCAUCUUUUCAAAUAUCUGGAAUCAGAAAAGAAACAAUUCGAACCCAUAGUUAUUGAGAAGAAAAGCAAAGAAGAUGAAAGUCCCCUUACCAAGAAACAGAGAAGAGAAAUGGAAAGGAUGAGGGUGUGGCAGGAAAGAAAACAAGAAAGACUUAAGCCUGACCCAAGCGAGCCCAAACAGAAAAUUAAUAAAGAAGCAGAAACUGCCAAAUCGAAAAUAGCAAAAGUGCCGAAUCAGUCAAUAUUAGCAACAGCCCGAACAAGUUCUAAUAAGGCUGAUAAUAAAAUGCAAAAUCCUGAACCAGAAAUUAGGAAAAAAAUUGAUUGGGGUCCUAAACAUCCAUCAGCUGGAAAAAUGAAUAUCAUAACAAAGGCCCCAGUUGACACUAAAAAACCAGUCCCAAGUGCCUCCAAUAAUCCCAUGAAAGAUUUGGGAAAAUCUGUAUCAAAUUAUACAGAAAAAUCUACAAAAAUUGCCACCAAAAAAAUCAGUGUGAACAGCAGAGGCCCCUCUGACAAAAAAAUGUUGGAUAAGACUAAGGAGAAAGAAAUGCUACAAAGAGAAUUGUCUAAACCAAAACAGUUCCCACCAAAUGAUCUGAGACCAAAACACUUUCCUCCAGCUGAUGUGAGGAGAAAACCCAUGUCUAAUAAAAUGCAAAUGCAAAUGAAAAAACGAAGAAUUAUCGAUGAUGAUGAUGAAGAUUAUGAUUCUGAAAUGGAUGACUUCAUUGAUGAUGGUCCCGAAGAAGGUGAAGAGGAUUACUCUAAAUAUAUCAGAGAAAUAUUUGGUUAUAACAAGUCAAAAUAUGUGGAAGUCGAUGAAGAAGAUGAUGAUAUUAUGGAGUCCUCAUUUUCACAGCAGAUGAAAGAAGAGCAAAUCAGUACAAAAUUGGGUAUAAUGGAAGAUCUUGAAGAUAUGAGACUAGAGGGAGAGCACAAACGAAGAAAAGCAUUGAUGAAGAAAAAAUUCGGUAGCUAAAAGUGAGAUCGCACGCAGUGACCAAGAUGCAUUUAGUGUUUUAAUCAUUGCAUUUAUAUUACACUAAUAUUCAAUAUAAAUUCAAUGGAAAUUUAGUCAACUACUUUGAAACACAUUGAAAAAGUUGGAGGGAAUUCUUUGCAAAGUUCAUAUUAAUGUAUAUAUAUAUAUAUAUAUAGAGACUUAUAUUUAUUGUAGAUAUCAACACAUGCUGUAUAUUGUAAAUAAAAUUUUAAAAAUUU